UCCAGCAACGAAAAGCACCGGGAGGAUAGACGAUCAACACUCAGCCAGGGGGGCCGGUUAUUAUUAUGUCGACGGGAACAUCACCGUUUUGUGCCUCGGUAAAGUAAAAAAAAAAAAAAAAAAAAAAAAGCCGGGGCGCGGAGAUUUCGCUUUUCUUUUUUUUUUUUUUGCUCGAUUGUGCGAAUGCGGCGCACUAUGAGAGCGCUCCUCUGUCAUUAACGGCUGUUUUCAGCCUUAAAAAACGAGCUGCACCGGGGAGGAGAUAAGCAGCCAGAGAACAACCGUUAAUCCCCGGGACGGUCACAUUCACGGCGGGGCUCGGACCCGACAGAAAUGGACAGGGCAGCACGAACUGGAUUAAAUGAUAGGGAGUGACGAGACGCCGCGAACAAAGCGAACCUGAAGUGUUAUGCCCGUUAAUCCGUAUGGUCUUUAUUUGACUGGAAAUGGGAGCUUUAACAAGCAGGCAGAAUAUAGGCGUGGAAGAAGUGGACAUUCCGUCCAAUUCGGUGUACCGUUAUCCACCGAAAUCUGGGAGUUACUUCGCCAGCCAUUUCAUCAUGGGGGGAGAGAAGUUUGACUCCACCCAUCCUGAAGGUUACCUGUUCGGGGAAAACACAGACCUUAACUUCCUGGGGACCAGACCAGUAGCGUUCCCUUACGCAGCCCCUCCACCUCAGGAACCAGUAAAGACGUUACGAAGCCUUAUAAACAUCCGUAAGGACACGCUGCGGCUUGUUCGAUGCAGCGAGGACCUAAAGCUGCCGGGUGACGAGGCGGCGGGUAAGAACAGGUCCUGCUACAACGUAGAGUUCACCUUUGAUGCUGACACGCAGGUGGCCAUCACCAUCUACUACCAGGCCAUAGAGGAGUUUCACAAUGGAGUGCCGGUCUACCUGCCCCAGGACAGCUCUCUGCAGUCUGAGACGGUGCACUUCAAGAGGGGAGUUUGCCAGCAGUUCUGCCUGCCCUCACACACCGUCAACCUCAGCGAGUGGGCCGACGAGGAGCUGCUGUUUGAUAUGGACAAGGAGAUCUUCCCCAUGGUGGUGCAGGCCGUGGUCGACGAGGGGGAAGAACAUUUGGGACACUCUCAUAUUCUGCUGGCGACAUUUGAAAAGCACAUGGAUGGGAGCUACUGUGUGAAGCCUCUGAAGCAGAAACAAGUGGUGGAUGGAGUGAGUUAUCUACUGCAGGAGAUCUAUGGGAUCGAGAACAAAUACAACAGCCAAGAAUCAAAGGUUGCCGACGACGAGAUCAGCGACAACAGCGCGGAGUGUGUGGUGUGUUUGUCGGACGUGCGGGACACACUCAUCCUGCCGUGCAGACACCUGUGUCUCUGCAACGCCUGUGCAGACACUCUGCGCUACCAGGCCAACUGCUGCCCCAUCUGCAGACUGCCGUUCAGAGCUCUGCUGCAGAUCCGAGCCAUGCGGAAGAAACUCAGUCCUUUGUCGCCUACCAGCUUUAACCCCGUCAUCACCUCCCAGACGUCUGACUCAGAGGAACACUCGGCGUCGGAGCACAUCCCUCCAGGCUACGAGGCGGUGUCUCUCCUGGAAGCGCUGAACGGGCCCCUCAACACCUCCUCGGUGGCUCCUCCUCUCCACUCGGGUCCCAGCCACGUCUCCGGAGCGCUGCCUCCUUACAGCAGUGACCCCCACCCGGCACCGGCCCGCUCCCCCUCACCUCUAGACCACUCCAACUCCAGUCAGGGACUCAAACUCAAGAAGAGUGGUUCGAAGUCACUUUCCCAGAAUUCCUCUGUGCUUCCUGAGGAGGAGGAUGAGAAGUCUUGCAGUGAAUCAGAGGCCUGUCGCCACAAACUCGCUGUGGAUCAGCAGGAGUGCGGAGUGACUCCAGACAGCGAGAACCUGACUCUCUCCUCGUCUGGAGCCAUCGACCAGUCAUCCUGCACCGGAACCCCGCUCUCCUCCACCAUCACUUCCCCUGAAGACCCAGUGAGCAGCAGCCUGGCCCAGUCAGUGAUGUCCAUGGCCUCGUCCCACUCGCAGCACUCCCACAUCAGCACUGACACCAUGUCCUCCAUGUCAGGGUCCUACCUGGCCGGGGCAGAAGGCGAGCACGGGGGGGACGAGGGGGGAGACGCUGAAGAAGGGGAGGAGAACCAGGACGCCCCCAUGGAGAGCAGAGGACCCUCGCAACAGGAGGGGGAAUUUUCCAAGGAGCCAAAGGAACAAAACUACUCAGUGGCUGUAGAGGAGCAGGACUCGGAGGGAAACGAUGUCACUGAAGAGGACUGCUCCUCCCCGUCUAAUGGGAAAGGUGGGCGGAGCAGGUGUCCAGAGUUGGCCAAUAACAAUCAGGGCGUCGCCCUCUGUGACACACCCUCUUUGGGGUUGGAUAAUGAGCAGGCUCCCGACAGCCGAUUCGCCGGUCUGAUGUACCUCGGGGGCUACAGGCCUGUUUUGGAGCCCCUCCCCCACCACACCUCCACCAGCAAUAUUAACCUGGAGGAGCAGGGGGCAGAGAACAGGGACGGCCAGAGUCCUAAACAUCCUCGCCGCGGACCACUCAUUGUGUAACACGUUCACACACGAUCGCAAACACACACACACACACACUUACACACAAACUUAAACGUAUCCGUCCAGCUCUUCUUACCCUGCCAUAGUGCUGCGUCACUGGAUACCGCUGAUACUCGCUGAUACUCGCUGAACAGGGAACCCCCUCCUCCACCUGUCUAAACAUCUCCCCCGGACUGAACAUGAUUGUCGUCGCUGGCGCUGAAACUCCUCUCGAGUAGAACGAGGAGGGAAGAGGAACAGAGCGGCAUCACCUCGCUGUCAUCUGUGCACUUUUAUCUCACAGAAGUUUCUUUUUUGUUUGUUUGUGACCUAACUCGAUGUGGGAAUGAUUAGCCUACUGCUACGUUAUUAUUUAUUACCUGUAGGUCUAACCAAUGAGAGCUCUGUAUUGUGACACUAUCUUUAGAAAAAUACAUGCUGCUCCUCCUCCUCUACUUUCCUCUCCUCUCUUACCAGCCAAACAGUCAGGGGCUACUGUGAUCGGCAAUCGGAUUUAUUACUAAUGUACUUCUUCUUCUCUGUUAUAUACUGUAUGUUGAAUGAGUGGUCACUAUAUAAAAAGUCAGCUCACACCGGACUACCUUACCGAACUCUCCUUCGGAUCAGGGAGCUCCAGUCUCAGACUUUUCGCAUGCAGCUUUUUUCGACUUCUGCUGACGUUUUCCUCUCCAUUUCCCCGCCACGACCUUCACUCGACAACCUCCGCUGAAUGUGAAGCCGGGGGGGGGGGGGGGGGAGCGGGGAGGACGAGCCGAGAAACGGCGGCCCGAAAUGAAACAGGAACGGACUGAAAAACGAAACAAAAAGACACGUAACACAGAAUGUAGGACGAUGAACGUGGAACUCAAAGAAGGGGAAUGUACAGGACAUUUAAGCUAUCACCUAAACUGGAAUUAAACAUGAACUUUGAACCCUAAACACACAUUGGCUCCCCCCGUUUUACCCAUCAUGCCAUCCUCUCCUUCUGCAGCUCCAUCUUAGCAUGUCAGUAUUAUCGUAGUGCAACUGGAAAUGAACAAGUACCACCAAGCAAUAAAGACGCCCUCUUCUUCUCCUGCAGGUAGACGCUCCUUUGCAGUCCAAACAAAGACUGUUUGCACUGGCCUGUUACAGUCACAGAUUUAGCUAAUUCAACCUGUUUUAAUUGUUAUUUGUUAUUUUAAUUUCACCGUUGUAAAGGGACGUUUUUGUGAGAAAACAUACAGUGAAUAUGAAAACCUAAACGUGUGAUUUAGCUGGCAUUUUGUUCAUCCUCAUAUCCUCCCCCCCCCCCGUUAUUAUUAUCAUCAUCCUGACGAGCCCUUUUCUCCUCGUCUGUGAAACUUUUUAGUUGUUUUGGUUUUUGUAUAACUUUAAUGUAUAGCUCACCUGUUGUUGGUGUUCUCUGUUUCUGUGUUUUAAUUUGUUGCAAAACACUGUGUUGUUUAUUAGAAUGUGGAUGAAAAAUAUGUGAAAUAUUCCUAAAGGUUUACACACAUACACACACACACACACACACAUGCGCGCGUUCACAUAGCGAAUAAAACUGAAAAAGGGAUGAUAUCAACAUUUAAUGCACUAUUAGCUGUUUCCUAGACGACACACUUUGCGGUGCAUGAGGCGAUAGUCGAGUAAGCAUGUUAGUCUAGGUCAGCCUGCACCCUCCUGUAGAAUACUUGAUGAUGGAUCACUGCACACACCUGAAGUGGUACCAUAUCCUUCUGUAGUGUUAUAUAUCGGUUGCUGGCACCCUAUUCCCUUGGCCGAACUGCUGAGGUCAAGAGUAAUGCACUACUAUAUCCAAGCUGCAUACAGUCAUGUGAUCACAGUCCGAAUGUGUAGAUGAAGCUGUUCUCUGGCACCCGGUUGCAGUAUGAUAUCAAAGGAAUGGGUCCUGAAUCCGUAAGACCCCACUUUUCUAGAAUUAUGAGCGAAAAUGUCAAAGAAAACAUCAAACGGACAAUAAAGUUUUUGCAACUAA